AUGGUUUACAUCGAGAAGGCCAUAUUUAAAGACAUAAGCUAUGAAGUUAUCUUACAACUAGUGUUCAUUAUCCCACAGUCUUUGUGCUACUCGUUUCAAUGGCAAACAAAGCGAUUCGACGCUGAGCAAGUGCAUCAAGAGUUGCCAACGGAAGUACCCUCAGAGCCCAGAGGAGCGAGAUAUCGGGCUUGUCAGCAGCAUUGCGAGAGCACUGAACUGCAGCACCGCCCUGAGUGCAGACAACAGUGCAUAGACAAGUACAAAAAGGAACGAAAAGAUGAUAACCCUUAUGCGUUCGAGGAGCAACACUUCACUACGUUAAUUGAGUCUCAGCAUGGCAGCCUCAGAAUUCUUCAGAAGUUCCUGGAUCAUUCCAAGCUUUUAUCAGGCAUCAACAGCUUCCGUUUUGGAUUUCUUGAGGUCGGUCCUCACGCGCUUCUUGUCCCUAGCCAUCUGGAUGCGGACCUUCUUAACGUUAUUCUUCGAGGAAGGGGAAGAAUCAGCUUGUUGCGUCCCGGUGGAAGGCAGAGUGUGAAUCUCAGAGUAGGAGAUAUUAUCAGAGUUCCUGCAGGAACAACUACUUAUCUGAUCAAUAGUGACAAUAACGAGAAGCUUAUCAUAGCCAAGCUCAUCCAGCCUAUCUCCACGCCAGGCGAAUUCGAGCCGUUCUUUGGAGUUGGAGCGAAAAAUCCAGAGUCCUUCCUCAGGGCUUUCAGCGCUGAGAUACUGGAAGCCGCAUUAAAAAGGGACAAGUUUCAGAGGUUGCUUGAUGCACAGAAGGGUGAUUUUAUUGUGAAGGCUUCGGAAGAGCAGAUCAGGGCUCUAGACAAGAAAGACGAGGUAGGAGGUAAAGGCAUAUGGCCUUUGCCUUUUGGUGGUGGUGAAUCAGAGAACAAGAUUAAUAUUUUAAGGCAAAAUCCUGUUGAAUCGAAUGAGUUUGGUGAGCUCCGCGAGGUUAAACCCAGUGACUUUAGGCCGCUCGAAGAAUUUGAUGUCACUGUUUCCUUUGCUAACAUCACACAGGGAGGCAUGUCAACUAUCUUCUUCAAUUCCAAGGCAAUUAAGAUCUCUGUGGUGACGAAUGGAGCUGGGGAACUUCAGAUGGCAUGUCCGCACUUGGCACAGGAACAGGGCCAAGGACAGCAAGGCCAUGGUGGCUCUCAGGAGGGCCAAGGACAACAAGGCCGUGGAGGCUCACAGGAGCAGGAGCAGGGCCAAGGAGGCCGUGGUGGCUCCCAGGAGGGACAAGGACAACAAGGGCGUGGAGGCUCCCAGGAGCAGGAGCAGGGCCAGGGCCAAGGAAGCCGCGGUGCUUCCAACAACCAGAAUCUUGAGGUUCUCUGCUUCGAGAUCAACGCUAGAAACAAUGGGAGAAUUGCUCUUGCAGGGCAAGACAACAUAUUCCAACAGAUGGAGAAGGUUGCAAAGGAGCUGGCUUUCAACAGACCAUCUCAAGAAGUGGAUGAGAUAUUAAGGGCAAACAAGAAGAAAUGGUUCUUCAAGGGUCCUAACCAGCAGCAACCAGGCUGCGCCUACGAGUGA